AUGUUGUUCAGGCUUUUGGGGGGACAUUUGUUAUUUAGCUGGGGCUAUUUACCGUGUGCCUCUAAACAUGAGCUAAAGUCAAAUGAAGAUGUGUUGCAUGGCAAAUCAUGGCAACGUGCACUGAUUUCUGCUGAGGGCUUCUUGCGUCAUCAGCUCAACAACCCCUGUGAUGACCAAUUCGAGGACUACAAAGCUUGCAUAUUGGAGGAGUUGGCGGCUCGCGGCGUGCGCUUGCCAGGCCAAUCGUUGCUGCUUGGUUUUCUUCCGGCGUUGCGGCUGUUUUGUUUUGAUGCGCAGGUUUGUUUAGUUUGGCUUUCUUGUGAGAUCACUUACUAA